CAGCACAGGGCAAGAAAUCUAGGAAGCCGACCGCAGCCCACCGCCAAACUUCCCUGCUGCUCCCGGUCCUCGUACGUACUUCCGUCGCUCUGACGCUCCCAGAAACCCGGGCACCGGGAAGGAGCGCAAAUUCCCCCUCCUUUGAGCCUCACGAGAAAAAUCUGGAGCUGGGUUCACCAGGGCGCACCAGAACCGGCGCAGGAAUCUCUCCGCGCGCCGCCAGGGGCGCGCCGCUCGGCCAGAGUGUGCUGGCGCGUGGGCGGCGGCGGCAGUCACACACCAGGGAUUCUGGAGAGGGCAGCCUGCCUCCCGAAGGAGUGGUCGGCCCCGGGGACCCCGCUAGCUCCAGCGCCUUCCCGUCUCGCCUCAAGGGACACCCUCGCACCUCCAGCCACAGCUGUCACUUGUGCGUGCUGGCGGGGGAGGGGACACAAGCAAGAGUGCUCCCCGGAGUCGCCCGGAAGGAUGCCUGGGUGUCGGAUGCGUCCUCAGGCUGCUCCCCAGCGCUGGCGCGGAAAGCAGUCGGGAUAAUGGUCGCAAACUUUCCGUCGCGGAGGCGUUGAGAAGAAACGUCCCUUCCUACUGCUCUCGGAGAACCCAGCGUCCAGAGGGGACAGGGCCAAGCCUGCGCAGGCGAAGUUCUCGGGAGCCCGGGAGGUGGCCUAACAGGAGAGCGCCGAGGCGGGAGAGGUGUGGGUUUCCUAGCACCCCCGCAGUGCCCGGGACCGCUGCCCGCCCCCGCGCACGUGCUCGCGGCCGGAGAGGGGUCCGGUUGGGCCAGUUGAGUGAGGCGGCGGCCCCCUGGCAGCCCGGGGGCGCAUGGAGGCGCCGAGCGGGGUGGCGCGGCUCGCCUGCGGCGCGGGGGAGCGCGCACGCCGCGCCUCGGCCUCCCCCGGGACCCGGCCGGCCUCUCCCCGCGCUUCCUGCCGCUGGGCUCCCGGGCGCGAGCGGAGCGGCGGGACAGGUGUAGCCCGCAGCGGCGGGCCGCGCGCGUAGGACCCACUCAGCCGGCUGGAGUUGACUUGCGGCUCCAGUAACUCCGGUCCCCGCCUAGCUGGCAGGGUCCGCGUGUCACUUUGCAAAUCGUGGAGGCCAGCGUCUAGGGUUGUCAGCGCGCCGCGGGGGACGGAACCCUGUUUAUGGACGGCUGCCGCCCGGGCUGGGUGCAGAUGCCCGCUCCCCUCUGGCUCCUGGACUUAGGCGGCUCGCUGGGCCCGCGCCGGCGCCUCCCCCAUGCUGCUUGGAGCGUCUUGGCUGUGCGCGUCCAAGGCGGCGGCCGCUACAGCUCGGAGUGAGGACGACGACCGCCAGGGUGAGCAGCAACGGGAGGCCCAAGCGAGGACGCACGAGGAUAUGGACGAGUCAUCGCUGCUGGACUUGCUGGAAUGCUCCGUGUGCCUGGAGCGUCUGGACACUACGGCCAAGGUGUUGCCAUGCCAGCACACCUUCUGCCGACGCUGUCUGGAGAGCAUCGUGUGCUCGCGUCACGAGCUACGCUGUCCCGAGUGCCGCAUCCUCGUCGGCUGCGGUGUGGACGAGCUGCCCGCCAACAUACUGCUAGUGCGCCUGCUGGAUGGCAUCCGCCAGAGGCCCCGCACCGGCGCCAGCCCCGGGGGCAGCCCUCCCGCGCGCCCGGGUCCCAGUACUUUGUCAGCUCUCGCUGCUGGCAUCCCCGGAGGCGCGACAGGCAGUCCCCCGCGCUCUCCGAUCUUUCUCCCGGCGGUGGCGGGCAGCUCUACCUCCGGUUUGUGCGAUGUGGCAACUAAUAGGAGCCUGCCAGUGGCUAAGAAUCUGUCCCAGCUUCCUUAUGCCAAGGCCCUCUACAGCUAUGAGGGAAAAGAACCUGGUGAUCUCAAGUUCAACAAAGGGGACGUCAUCAUCCUUCGGCGCAAGGUAGAUGAGAACUGGUACCACGGGGAGCUGCAGGGCACUCACGGCUUCCUCCCAGCCAGCUAUAUCCAGUGUGUCAGGCCCCUGCCACAGGCUCUGCCCCAAGGCAAAGCACUUUAUGAUUUUGAGAUGAAGGACAGAGACCAAGAUAAAGACUGCCUGACCUUCACUAAGGAUGAAGUUUUGACUGUGAUCCGGAGAGUCGAUGAUAAUUGGGCAGAAGGCAUGCUGAGAGACAAGAUUGGCAUUUUCCCUCUCUUGUAUGUGGAGCUCAAUGACUCUGCCAAGCAACUCAUUGAGAUGGACAAGCUGUUCCCUGCCGCGGCCACUGCCUACAACUACGAUGCCCUCUUAUCCUCUGACCCUGGCACAGCAGCCAGUGUGGCCCCAGGUCCCACCCUAAGUAGCUCUGGGGCAGUCAGUGCCUUUCAACGACGUGUGGACAGCAAGAAGAAUGCCAAGAAGCGCCAUUCCUUCACUGCGCUCAGUGUGACGCACAAAUCCUCCCAGUCUGCCAGCCACAGGCACUCCAUGGAAAUUAGUGCUCCAGUGCUGAUCAGCUCCAGUGACCCACGCGCUGCAGCCAGGAUUGGGGAGCUUGCCCAUCUGUCCUGCACCGUACCCACCCAGGACUCCUCAGCUGGACCUCUCCCCGCAGCCAUCCCACGAGGUGCCGCAGCGGCUGGAGAUCACGGCAUGUCUCCCAAAGUCCAGCUGCCCCUCAACGUGUACCUGGCUCUCUAUGCAUACAAGCCCCAAAAGAAUGACGAGCUAGAGUUGCGCAAGGGUGAGAUGUACCGUGUGCUCGAGAAGUGCCAGGACGGCUGGUUCAAGGGUGCCUCGCUCAAAACUGGGGUCUCGGGAGUGUUCCCCGGGAACUACGUCACGCCCGUCUCCAGGAUCCCUGGAGGAGGGGCUGGGUCACCCUGGAAUAAUGUGCUUGGAGGGUCUCCAUUGGCCAAGGGGAUGGCCACCAUUAUGCACCCUGGAGGUGGAAGUCUGAGCAGCCCGGCCACCGCUGCCAGGCCAGUUCUGCCUCCCACCACACCGCAGGACCAUAUGCAGCACCCAGCCACCUCCCUACCAACAGGCAGCUGCCUUCGACACACAGCCCAACCAACAGCCAGCCAAGGCGGGGGCACCACCAUCCCAACAGCCACCCAUCCCUCAGCCCAGGCCCUGGACCGACCAACAGCCACCGUGUCACCUUUGCGCACUCAGACUUCUCCAUCCCGCCUGCCCACCACCAGCCUCCGGCCCCGCACUGUGGUGUCCCCACAGCACAGCCAGCAGCCCCUGACGCAGAUGUGUCCCCGGCCAGCCAUCCCCUUCACAUCAGCAGCGUCAGCCAUCACACCUCCCAAUGUCAGUGCUGCCAACCUCAGUGGGGAGGCUGGAGGGAUGCCCAUCGGUGGCCUGUCCAUACCCAGCCCCAUCAACACAGGGUACAAGCCAGAUGACAAGAAAAAUGAAAAGAAGGAGAAGAAGAGUGGGCUGCUGAAGCUGCUGGCUGGGGCAUCUACCAAGAAGAAGUCACGCUCCCCCCCAUCUAUAUCUCCAACCCAUGACCCCCACUCAACCAUGGAUACUUCACUGCAGGGGGCCAUGGGCCCUGAAGUGUCCCCAUUAACUGUCCAUGGCAGGGCAGGUUCCUGCCCCAUAGAGAGUGAGAUGCAGGGAGCCAUUGGGUUGGAACCACUGCACAGAAAAGCAGGCUCCUUGGAUCUGAAUUUCUCUUUGUCCCCUUCUCGGCAAGCAACUUUGUCCAUGGCUUCCAUCCGCCCUGAACCUAAGCCGCUGCCCAGAGAGAGGUACCGUGUGGUGGUCUCCUACCCACCGCAGAGUGAAGCAGAGAUUGAGCUGAAGGAAGGUGAUAUUGUCUUCGUGCACAAGAAACAUGAAGAUGGCUGGUUCAAGGGGACACUGCAGCGGAAUGGCCGCACGGGUCUCUUCCCAGGCAGCUUUGUGGAGAGCUUCUGAAGGCCAUUGCUCAUGUCCAGCUCUGCUGUCCAGGGGCGGGUAACCAAGAAGACACUAUGUGAGCAGAGAACAUCUUAUCACCUAGGUCCCAGGCCUUUCUACAGCACUGGCCAGGAACAUUCUUUCUGGGGUGAUGGCUUGGUUGUUAAGGCAGUGUUGUCACAAGUCCUUAUUGAAAAUACACACACGGGCAUCCUUCAAGACCAUGCCAUGAUGUGAGUGAUCGGUAAAACAGAAAAAGUAACUCAUGUGGACAAAUGCACUACUGUGCCACCCAGCGGCUAAAGCAGUAUUAGCUGUCAGUGCAAGGCUGGGAGCCCAGGAGGGUAUAGAACACGACCAUGUGCUAGGGCUGACAGCAAUGAAGAGUGUCUUCCCUGGCUGCCCUGGGUAUCCUUCUAUAUACCUCUGUCACCUGCCAUUGAGCUCCACAUCAGGGCAUUCAUGGUUCAGGGGCCUCAUAUAAGGGCCAUGAGUCUCCCAAGGUGUCCAGUGGGGUCCUGUAGGGCACUGGAACAGAAUCCUCAUGGCUUUGUCUCCUGCCAGGAAAAUAAGGAACACCAUUUGGUUUUACCACCACUGUCUUUGCAUUGCUUCCUUCUUAUGACACCUUUUUAAUGUACAACUCUUAGACUUUAUAUAUUUCUAACAGGUCAGACGCUGCCUAUUUUUCAUACAUCUGGUGCUGAUUUUUUGUAACACUAGAAAUCACUUGGGUAAGCUUCAAGGAAAAAAGUGAGGCAACAUCAAAGGAAAGUUUUAUAUAUUUCCCAUAUGAAGUUUGGAGCAUAUUGAGGAAUUCCUAUCUGUAAUAUCAAAAUGUUGGCUGUUCCUCCCCGAGGUGAGUGGGAGAGUCUGCUGAGAUGGUUACACGGAGUUGGAGAAUAUCUUUCCUGGCUGUUGGAAAUAGCCUAAACCACAUCCUCCAUCUAGGUAGGAGCAACUAUGAUUUAAAAACUGGAGACAUAGUGAGGAAUGGUAUUGCCUUUUUGUGUGGCAGGGAAAACACGCACAUGCACGCACACACAUGCAUAUGCACACACACAUACAGCUUGACCUCAGAAGCUUCCUUCGAUGCUUUAGAAAGAAUGACUAAAAAUAGCUUUCUUAAAACAUGUCUUGCUGCCAAAUGCAGCUCUUACAACAGCUCAGAUCACUAUCUUGCAAAGGUUUCUUUCUUUUCUCUUUUUCAAAAAUAAAUAAUUUCCCCUAGCAGGCCAGGCAAAACUCCAUCUGCUGGAAACCAAAGGAACAAUGAUAACGAAGUCUAAUGCAGGACUAUACAAGAGGCUGGCCUGAAUGACUAUCAAGAGCUGUGAAUGUCACACUUUAGGAACACACUUUUUUUUUUUUUUUUCAAAAA